CCCGCGGCGCGGAGGCGUUCCCACGCCGCUCAAAUACAGCGCAGCGACGCGCGCCUGAAUCACUUGGUUUGUCAGAGCGCGCAGAGUGAGGUAAGCAGAGCCGCGCGGCCCACGCCAGGAGAACAUGCGUUUGCCUCGUUUCAUAGCCAAUCCCGACAUUGUAAAAGAGCGCGUUGGUUUCAGUGUAUAGUGAAGCGUCCCUACCGCUACAAUUUCGAUUUUACUGAAAAACGGCUUACGAGGAGACAAAAAGUACGAGGUUUGGACGUCUACUUGCCGUUCAGCUGUUUGUGGAGGACGCAUGAUUUAUCUGUGCCGGACCAAAAGCGAAGCGUGCAUGAAAGAUCUCAAGGCUAUACUCUGCUGCGCCACACUGGGAGGCUUACUGGAUAAGCAGGAGAAGGAUCCCUGUGACUCCAAAAAAGCUCCACUUUUAUCUUCUCCCACGAUGGCUCUGGCCUCUUUCCAACUGAUGCAAACUCUAAAGAACUCACCGGCGGCUCUGCGUCGGCGAUUCCGUCGGGACCGUACGGAGAGCCUCUCUCAUGGCGAUCCCCUUUUCAAAGUGCACUACCUCGGCACCAAAAAGAUCUUCUCCCUGGACUUAGAACAGGCGGAGGAAGCCAUCGACCGACUGCUGGACGGGGCCCCCGGGAAGCUUUCUAAAGACCAUGCCCUGGUAGUGCGGCCCCGAUACGUUGAAGUUAAAGAACUGAGCACCGGAAGGCAGCUCACUAAGACUUACUUGCAGGACAUCGCGUACUGCGCCUCGCACACGGCCAGACCCAAUGUUUUUCUGUACAUCUGCAGGCAGCCCGGUCAGCAACUGCAAUGCAGAGUGUUCUGGUGCAGUCGGGCAGAAAGGGCUAAGGACAUGACCGCCUGCCUAGCGAGGUCGUUUCAGCGAGCGCUCAAUGACUGGCAGGGUGGAUGCGCCACCUUACCGCAGGGGGACGGGAUCGCUAAAGAGCCGGAGAUGCCUGGUACGCCCACUGCACCCAGAGGGUCAACAUUGCCAGCCAGUUUGGGAAAAGUCCGUUGGAAGAAGAGGGGGUCGGUGUCCCACAGUCCUCUCCGUGCCAUCACCAGAAGAGGUUCUGCCAGUGACAACUGGCAUUGACAGUUUAAUUUUGUGAUGCCUGGGAAUUUCCACAAUUGAAUGUGAGGAAAAGGACAACCACGCCUACAACUGGUGGAACUUUUGAGCUUUGAUGGAGUUUGCAACUCAAGCUUGUGCCGAGUCUGUGUCUGUACAGCUAACACAUUUGAGGUUACCAAUUUACCAAAGUGAUAAACUAUAGGUUUCCAGAGAUCAUUAUUCGUGGUUUAGGAAGUUGAUGGAUUCAGUCGUUUUAUUUCUGUUUGCUUAAGGACUAAGAGACAAAACCAAAGCUGUUCAUCUGCACUGAACUGGUAUCUAGUUUUAAAGCCGUGUAUGUAUCACAGAGUUGAGUGUUUCUAGUCGGUCUCCUCCUCUGUGUACAUGUCUGGGUAGUUUGUUAAUGUGACUGAUGAGCAAAGAGACCGUUUUUGUUUGUAUUAGACGUAUGAAGAGAGGAUCCGUGUGGAAAGUGGGUGGAUGCAUGAUGGUAAACAGUAGCACGAUCAGAACGUCAGCGUUAAAGCGGUUUAAAAGUGUUUCUAUCCCAAAUGCACAAUGGAAGUAAUGCUUUUUAUGGUAAAGACAAUCAGCUUUUUAUCCUACACUACUGUAUGCUUCCAAGUGCUCUUUUUCAUAUGGCCAAAUCUCUACACAAUGAUAUUGAAUUCAUAUCCUCCAUGUGAACAUCAUUCAUGGGGAAUUAUUUGCUGCAUAUUUACUUGGCAU